CGCAUUCACGUCACUUUAUAGUGCGGCGUGCGUGAAGCAGGUCGCUCUCUCCUCUCUCGAUCGCCCGAUCGAAAACGAAAAUAAUAAUAUCAAACGUGCUCCGCGCACGAGAAAGACAAUAAUAUUAUUGUAAAGAGUACGUAGUCUGUGUAUAGGUACAGUAUUAUUCGCGUGACAACCGUUUGUGCCGUUCUCUCUACCGUGCCACGAAAAUCCACGAAAUUCUUCUACGGAGACGCUGCAAGCACACGAUUUAUAAGAUAGAAAUAAUAGGUACCAUGACGAAUAUCAAGACAGUUUUUGUCACGGGCGGUGCAGGAUAUAUCGGCAGCCAUUGCGUACUGUCGCUGCUGGAAGCCGGUUACGACGUGGUGGCCAUCGAUAACUUCGCAAACAGCGUCGGCAAGGAGCAGACCGCCGCCAGCUUGGACCGGGUUCGCCGCAUCACUGGCAAGGAGAUCGCUUUUUACAAGUGCGACCUGUUGGACGUCCAGCAGCUGGACAGCAUUUUCGACAAACAUAAAUUCGACUGUGUUAUACACUUUGCUGCAGUGAAAUCGGUCGGCGAAUCGAUGAAACAACCUCUCAUGUAUUACAAGAACAACAUAAUAGGCGCAAUGAAUCUUCUGGAGGUGAUGGCCAAUCACGGAUGUUACCAGCUAGUGUUCUCCAGCUCGUGUACCGUUUAUGGGAACCCGUCGUUUUUGCCCAUAACUGAAAGUCACCCAAUUGGCAAUGUCACCAAUGUGUACGGCCGUACGAAAUAUUUCAUCGAAGAGAUACUCAAAGACGUCGUUAACUCCGAGCAAAAAUGGAACAUAGUGAGCCUGAGAUACUUUAAUCCGGUAGGAGCUCAUUCGUCGGGAUUGAUCGGAGAAGACCCAACGACAAACUUUUCAAACUUAAUGCCAUACAUAGCGCAAGUGGCGUUAGGGAAGAAACCCAGGUUGUCGAUCUACGGUGGAGAUUAUGCAACCCCUGAUGGCACCGGUAUAAGAGAUUAUGUUCAUGUCAUGGACUUAGCUGAAGGGCACGUGGCAGCUUUAAAAAAAUUACAAUCAAAGCAUGCACAUUUACAGAUUUAUAACUUAGGAAGCGGGCAAGGAACUUCUGUAUUGGAUUUUGUAAAAACCUUUGAAAAAGUAACAGGUGUCAAAGUACCAUAUACAAUUGAAGCACGCCGCGAAGGUGACAUAGAAUCAAUGUAUGCCAAUUGUGAUUUCGCAAAAGUUGAUCUUGGUUGGACAGCUAGAUAUACCUUAGAAGAUAUGUGUAGAGACUUUUGGAAAUGGCAAACCAUGAAUCCAAAUGGUUACAAGUCAAAUGAUACAGCAAGUAUGAAUGGUAAAGCAGACAGACAUUAAAUUACCUUUAUUGUUUAGAAUGAUGGUCAGUGUAAUAUGAUCUUUUUUUUGUUUGCCCAUACUAAUAAACAUUUGUCAUUUUUAAA